CAGUGCGCCCCACUCGCCAUGCCGACUGUCAGCGUGAAGCGUGAUCUGCUCUUCAAAGCUUUGGGCCGGACCUACACUGACGAAGAAUUUGAUGAACUAUGUUUUGAAUUUGGCCUGGAACUUGAUGAAAUCACUUCUGAGAAGGAAAUUAUAAGUAAAGAACAAGGUAUUGAAAAGGCAGAGGGGGCAUCUACUGUCAUUCUUUACAAAAUUGAUGUCCCUGCCAAUAGAUAUGAUCUCCUGUGUCUGGAGGGAUUGGUUCGAGGACUUCAAGUCUUUAAAGAAAGGAUAAAGGCUCCAGUAUAUAAACGGGUAAUGCCGAAUGGAGAAAUCCAGAAAUUGAUCAUCACAGAAGAGACAGCUAAAAUACGCCCUUACGCCGUAGCAGCAGUUCUCCGAAAUAUCAAGUUUACUAAAGAUCGCUAUGACAGCUUCAUUGAACUUCAGGAGAAGCUGCAUCAGAACAUUUGCAGGAAAAGAGCAUUGGUUGCUAUCGGUACCCAUGAUUUGGACACUUUGUCAGGCCCAUUUACUUUUACUGCGAAGCGACCUUCAGAUAUCAAAUUCAAACCUCUAAAUAAGACAAAGGAGUAUACAGCCUGUGAACUGAUGAACAUAUACAAGACUGACAACCACCUUAAACAUUACUUACACAUCAUUGAAAAUAAACCUCUGUACCCAGUUAUCUAUGAUAGCAAUGGUGUCGUCCUUUCAAUGCCUCCAAUCAUCAAUGGAAAUCAUUCCAAAAUAACAGUAAAUACUAGAAAUGUAUUUAUCGAAUGCACAGGAACUGACUUUACUAAGGCAAAAAUAGUUCUUGAUAUUAUUGCCACCACGUUCAGUGAAUAUUGUGAGAAUCAGUUUACGGUUGAAGCAGCUGAGGUGGUUUUUCCUAAUGGAAAAUCAUACACCUUUCCAGAACUGGCUUACCGAAAGGAGAUGGUGAGAGCUGACCUAAUUAACAAAAAGGUUGGAAUCAGAGAAACUCCGGAAAAUCUUGCUAAGCUUCUGACCAGGAUGUACUUAAAGUCAGAAGUCAUUGGCGAUGGGAAUCAGAUUGAGAUUGAAAUCCCUCCGACCAGAGCAGACGUUAUCCAUGCAUGUGAUAUUAUAGAAGAUGCAGCUAUUGCCUAUGGAUAUAACAACAUUCAGAUGGCUCUCCCAAAAACAUACACCAUAGCUAAUCAAUUUCCCCUUAAUAAGCUCACGGAACUUCUAAGACAUGACAUGGCAGCUGCCGGCUUCACCGAAGCACUUACAUUUGCUCUGUGCUCCCAGGAAGAUAUUGCUGACAAACUUGGUUUGGAUAUCUCUGCAACAAAGGCAGUCCAUAUAAGUAAUCCUAAAACAGCUGAAUUUCAGGUGGUGCGCACUACCCUUCUUCCUGGCCUCCUAAAGACCAUAGCAGUGAAUCGGAAGAUGCCUCUUCCUCUUAAACUGUUUGAAAUCUCUGACAUUGUAGUAAAAGAUUCUAGCAGAGAUGUAGGUGCAAGAAACUGCAGGCAUCUCUGCGCUGUUUAUUACAACAAGAAUCCUGGGUUUGAGAUCAUCCAUGGGCUGCUGGACAGAAUUAUGCAGCUGCUUGGCGUGCCUCCCGGAGAAAAGCAGGGGGGAUAUGUGAUAAGAGCGUCCGAAGGCCCUGCUUUCUUCCCUGGGCGGUGUGCUGAGAUCUUUGCCAGGGGCCAGAGUGUUGGGAAGCUGGGUGUCCUGCAUCCUGAUGUCAUCACCAAGUUUGAACUGACCAUGCCCUGCUCCUCCCUGGAAAUCGACAUUGAGCCCUUUCUGUGAAGAUGGGUCUCUGCCGUGUGGUUCUCUCUCCCAGUGUCCCUUUCUCCUCCCCGGCGUCCUUUAGUUGUUAAAUAGACCGAAAGCACAGUCUCCUCGUGGGUAAAUCCCGCACAUUCCCCGCAUCAGGCCAGCUCGUGUGAAAACGAACGUGCUGUUUGGGAGAGUCCAGUAGCCGCGGGGUGCGCCAGCAGAGGGCGGGGCCGUCCUGAAAUUCAGGCGCUGCUCGGACACGGAGCCUCGCGCUGUGGGCAGUGUCCCUGCUGCGGAGCAGGGCCUGUUUCCCCAGUGACGAGACGAGGUGGCCGAUCAGAGCACACUGACCGAGUGGGUCACGAUGGGUUUAGUUUUCAUUUUCUACGUUUACAGGUGUCCAUCCUUGGGAAACAAUGCAGCAUUUUUAGAAAACCUUUUAGAAGCGGUGAUGGUCUAGUAGUUACAGCCUCUGAAACCAUUUUAAACUGAAGCAAAAAUCUACAACACAAGUAUUCAGGAUACUUGAGGGUACGACUGGAGGUGUUUUACUCUGUGUCUGAUACGCAGAUCUGUCUGCCAGGAGCCAACAAGGGUGUGUGGAUGUCGGUGCGGUGUGAACACUAGGAAAAACGAAAACCAUUGUUGCCCUAGGCCAUACAUUUUGCCAAAAUCAUUAUUAUAAAAUCAGAGUUUUAAAUAAUUGAGCUACUAGUUUCUGUCUUAUUUUAUAGGGAGGCAUUAGAUCUCCGAAGUUAAGCUUCUGCAGUCUGCCUUGGUGGACCUCCUAAUUUACUUUAAUACUUUGUUCUAGGAUCAUCCUGUAAGUAUCAUCUAUUGAAAAAAGCUGGGGCUAAUGUUGGAGAAAAGUGCUCAAUUACUAUUGAAAUGAUAUGAAAUGCAAUAAAAUGUAAAACUUGAAAGUAAGUCAGGUAGAAAUAGCCAAGAAAGACAGACUGGAAUCAUUUAUGGAGCUUUUGCUGAGCCUACUUCUAAGGAGAAACGCCGUCCUGUUACUACCUGAGGGAGGGCAGCGGUGUCCAGCUGGGUGAGACCUGUGGACAGACUCCACCUGCCCCUUCUGUUCCCUUGUAAGCAGUUCCUUACAUUUUAAAACAUAAGAUAUGCUCAUAAAAAAUAAUGCUUGUCAAGAGGUUGGUAGCCAGCAUCCAGAAAGAUUUCUUACACCUUAAUAUAAAGACACCCCCCAAAAUGGACUAAAGAUUUGAACGGACAUUUCCCUAAAGAAAAGAAAUGAGCACAAGAAAAGGUGCUCAGCAUCACUGGUCAUGAGGCAAAUGCAAAUAAAAACCACAGAACAAAUUAAAAUGGCUGAAAUGGAAGAAACUGGUUGUACCAAGUGUUGGUGGGACUGGAGCAAUCAGAACUUGCAUUGCUGGUGGGAAUGUAAG